AUGUCAACUAAAAAUAAAGUAUCGUCGUAUUCUGGAUUGAAGUCUCCGCAACGAAUAUGGGAAAAAUUAUCUUCUACUUUAGUACACUUUGUGGAACGAAUAUUCUUCACACUCGGAGUAAUCGUCGCAAGACACCCGUGGAGGACCAUCGCAAUUACAUGGACCUUUCUGUUGCUCAGUUGCAUUGGCCUGAUGAGAUUUCACAUAGAAAAAAACCCGCUAAAAUUAUGGGUGCCUCCUGAAUCAGAUUUUCUGACAGACACAAAUUGGUACAUAGAGAAGUUUGGAACAGGAUUCAGGCUGCAGAGAAUACUAAUUGUAGCUGACGACGUAUUAGAUCCUGAAGUUCUGAUGAAAAUAUACAAUAUUACCAAAGAAGUAGAGUCUCUACAAAUUAAAACCGUAAAUGAAACAAUAUCAAUAAAAAGCUUAUGCUAUGAAGUUCCCGUGGUCAACUUCUACACUGAAGACAAGAAAAGUGAAGGUGAUUUUUCAGACCCAACAUUAUGGGCUGAUGAUGACUUUUAUUGUAGUUUUUUGGAAACAUUUCCAGUAGAUUGCCUCAGAUAUAACGUAUUAGAUUUGUGGAAAAAUGAUCUAGAACAGAUAAGUAAUGUGACUAAAGAUAACAUAAUCACGAAAAUUGUUGAAACCAAAACUAACCCUGUUACAGGACAUCCUACUGACUUCUCUAAGUUGUUGGGAGGUGUUAAAAAAUCUGCCAGUGGAGAUAUUGUAUCUGCAAGCUCGGUCUUGUUAACUUGGUACACACAAGUAAAUAUGUCAGAGGUGGAUUUGAAUGCAGUUGGUAAUUUAGUUGGCACUGAAGAUUGGGUAUCUCUUCCACUUGCCAUGUGGGAAACAGAAUUUUUGGGUUUAAUGCAUUCAAUUUCGAAUAAUGCAAGUGAAAUUAAAAUUUAUUAUGAAGCAGGACGAAGUUUUGGAGACGUUAGUGGUCAAGCUAUGUUUCAGGAGAUGGAUAAGCUAUUUGUGGGUGUUGCUUUGAUGUUCUUGUACAUAUUGUAUGCUCUGUCGCGUUUUAAUUGGUUGGAAAUUAAAUUUACACUAGGUAGCGUAGGUAUGCUCUGUAUAGGAAUGGCCUAUAUCACUGCAAUAAGUUGGUGUUCUGUUUUUGAAAUACCAUUUGGUCCAGUACACUCUUCACUGCCUUUCCUAUUAAUGGGUCUUGGUAUUGAUGACAUGUUUGUUAUGAAUGCUUGUUGGGAAAAUCUCUCUGAUACAGAAUCACGAAAAAGUCUUCCAGUUAAAGUUGGCCUGAUGUUGAAACAUGCAGGGGUAUCCAUCGUCAUCACCUCAUUCACAGAUAUAGUCGCUUUAUUAAUUGGUGCCAUUACAAUUCUGCCUUCUCUCAAAUCGUUUUGUAUUUAUGCAGCUGCCGGUGUAUUUUUUAUCUUUUGUUAUUCCGUUACAUAUUACGUCGCAAUAUUUACGUUAGAUGUUAGAAGAAUGGAAGCCAAUAGGAAUGGAAUUUUUUACUGCUAUAGACACAAACAUAGAAUAAAUAUGUCUGUUAAGAAAACAUGGUUCCAAAAAAUGUUAUCCCUGUUUUAUAAAAAUAUUGUGUUUACCGUUCCUGGAAAAUCUGUUGUCAUUUUAUUUACUGUUAUCAUGACUGGGUUUAGCACAAUAGCAAUAUUUAAAUUGGAACAAAGAUUCGAUCCAAAAUGGUUUAUUCCUGAAGGCACAUACUACAAAGAUUUCUUGACUAAUCAUGAAACUCUUUAUCCUGAAGAAGGCAAUGCUGCUUUCGUAUUUUUAGGCAAAAUGAAUUACAGUACUGAAUUUUUAAAUUUAUAUAACAUGGUACAAGAACUAAAACAGAAGCCUUAUGUAAAGGAUAUGGUUGAUUGGGUUGAACCUUUUCGCGAAUAUGUUCUCGCUAAUUAUGAUCGUGACUUGAAGAAUACAUCUACAGUUGCAGAUAAAGAUUUUAACAAAUAUUUAUCGAAAUUCUUGUUUAGCUCUUUAGGAGGGCGGUAUCAAAUAAAUAUAAGAUUUCCUGAGACUCCGCAUUGUGGACGACCUACCGGAAAUGUAAUAGCCUCAUCUUUUUAUUUUAAUUAUCCGAGGUUUGAAGGUCCUGAAGAGUAUAUUCCAGCUAUGAAUGACGUGAAACAUAUAGUGAAAUCCACCAAUAUAUCUACUGGCGAUGGGUAUCGUAGCGCUUGGGCUAAAGUUUUUGGUAACUGGGUAACGGAUGAAAUAAUAGCGGUCGAAGUAGAAAGAAAUAUAGAACUAGCUUUGCUCUGUGUGAUGAUGUGUACCGUUAUAUUGAUAACUAAUCUGCAAAUGUGUUUGUGGAUUUUUAUUUGUGUAUUACUGACGAUCGUUAAUGUUUUAGGUUGGAUGCAAAGAUGGGCUAUGACUGUCGAUAUAGUUUGUUGUAUAGGUCUCGAACUCGCCAUAGGUUUGUGUGUAGAUUAUGCGGCUCAUGUUGGUCACACGUUUUUGACAGUUACAGAAGGCUCACGUGAAGAUAGAGCUCAUAAAACUGUGACAUCUAUCGGCUCUGCAGUUUUACUUGGCGGUGGUUCGACUCUACUUUCUUUGUCACUUCUCAGUAUGUCGAAAGCAUACACAUUCAAAGCAUUUUUCAAAAUUUUCCUUUUAGUUAUAUUAUUUGGUCUAUUUAAUGGUUUAAUAUUUUUGCCGGUCAUGUUGUCAUUAGUGGGACCGAAUGCAUACAAACCACCACAUGAUAAAAAUAACAAAACUGAAAUUGUGGAAUUGAAUGGUAAAGAGCGCUUCGCCAGUGAUAAAAAUAUUGAGGAUGGUUGACAGUGAAAGCAAGUAAUAUACAAAGGUUGUAUUUGAAUAGGAAGUACAAAAUAUUUUUAAUAGGUACUUAGUGCAAUUAAAUAACGUCGGUUAGGUACCUAUAAUAUCUAUACCUAUACAGGUAUAAUUGUAAGAGUUAAAAGAGAAUUUGUACUCUGUGAUAUUUGAUAAUUGUGCUACAAGUUAUUAUUAGCAGAAGCAAUAAUCUCAAACACAAUAAAAUGUUAACUACUGGUCGUGAAUAAUGUUUACUUAUCGUUAUACUACCAUUGUCGUGAACCAUACAUAAUCAUGUAAGGUCACGAAUUAUCUGAAUUCUGAAUCACAUUCCAAAACUGAAAUGUGUCAUAGUUAUAUGAAAUACCUAUGGGGCAAAAUACCCACAAAUGGGCAACG